AUGGAUCACAAAAACUACAUAGCUGCGGACAGGAUAUCUGAAUUGCCAGACUAUCUUCAACAACAUAUUCUGUCUUACCUUUCCAUCAACGAAGUUGUUCAAUCCUCUGUACUUUCUAAGAGAUGGAAACAUGUAUGGACUGCAGUUCCAGUCCUGGGAUUUAACACAAUCUUGUUUGGUUCUACAGACAACAAGAAAAAUCUGGAUAUUCAGAGAAAGUUACAGGACUUCUAUAUUUUUGUGGAAAAAUCUUUAGAAAGCCGUCAUAAGCAAAGGCUGACUAUAAGGGAAUUUAUACUUACUCACGGCUUGGACAAAUGGAGUUUGAAUUCUCGUGUUGACUGUUGGAUUAACUAUGUGGUUAAGAGUGAUGUCAAGAAAUUGAGCCUUCAUUUUGCAGCAGGAUAUUAUGACUUACCUAGCGUUUUGGUUGCAAAAUCCAUAACCGUGUUGAUUUUAAGGCAGUGUAAGUUGGAUGCAAACUGUGGUGAUAUAAACUUGCCCUUUUUGAAAAAACUGUCUUUAUCUUACGUUGAUGCAGAUGAUAAAACUAUUCAAAAACUAGUUGCUGGGAGUCCUGUGAUAGAAGACAUGAAAUUUUUGAAGUGCCACGGAUUGAAAAGUAUAAAGUUCUCCAGUCUCAUUAAAGCCAAGUCGCUUGAGGUGGAACGCAAUGAUGAUCUUGAGAGAGUUGAGUUGGAAGCGUCAAAUCUUUGUCAUGUAGUUAUAUCUCAGACUAAACAAUGUGAGAUCAAUCUGCUCUCUUCUAAUAAUGUGAGGAUGCUAACAUUAAGUGCACCAAACCUAACAGACAAGUGUCUAAUUGAAGUCGACAUUGACACUCCUAACUUGUGUAAAUUCGCAUAUUGUGGACGUAAUGUAAUACCCUUCUCGUCAAAUGCUUUGGCUCUGUCGGAAGUUACCUACCAGAUGCAAAAGCCACCACUGGACAUUGCUCCUUGGAAUGUUGAAAAGAUUGAAUUUUUUACAAAGCUGGGUAAAUCCAAACAAUUGACUUUGACAAGUACCUCAGCCAAGGAUUUGGUUAUACCGAAGAAAUUGAGAGAUUCCCUACCAUCCCCAUCGUAUAAUGUCAAGCAAUUGAAGGUAGAAACAUCUCAGCCACGUACUGGACAAGAAAUUGUUGAACCUGUGGAUAGCUUGCUCUGGAUUUCUCCUUUUCCAGAGAUUCUAAUCAUACAGCGUAGGAUCAACAUAGAACCCUGGAUGACUUUCAAGUUCUCCUGUAAAAAGCCUAUUCUUGAAGGGGAGAAGCCUAGUUGUUGCAAAUUCCUUCCAAUUCCAUGUUGGAGGCAUUGCCUAAAGUCCGUAAUGAUUGAGAACUUUAGAAUGUCUGCAGAUGAAGAAACUCAAAAGGCAGAUGAAGAAAGUCUAGAGAAAUAUUUUCACGAGAACACAGAAAACUUGGAGAGCUUCCAAUUCCUUUCUGGUGGCAUUGCUUCAAAUCGAAUAUUUCUAGAUGUUCUAAUGUUAGCAACUAUCACUAUUUGUCCUGGUGUUUUAGUCUUGACUGGUAUUGUAAUUUCUCAGUGUGAAUUUUGUCAUGGGAUAGGGAAUAUUAUAAUGUUGAGCGGUUAUGGCCGUCCUUAUACAGAAGAAGACAGUGAUGCAAAGCGCUUUGUACCCCUUAUGCGAUUCAAAUGUAUGGGCCUCCAGCCCUUAGAUUUUGUUUUUGGAAAUGGCUGGAUUGGCAACACGUUCAUGGGCGUAAGGGAGUUGGAUUUUGAAGAAGGAAUGGCAUCUAUUCAAUUGAAUGGCAAAAGAGCAGAUGUUUAUGAUGUUGAGGCUAGAUUUGAGGCUAAUGAGAUAUGA